AUGUCACGCAACGAAGCAGUGUCACCGCUGCGCAUCAACAAGACGCCGACAAAAGGAAGUGGCCGCCCGCUGUCUGAGAUUGGAGCCAUGAGCCCCAGGCGCAACUCUCCGAGCUUUGACCAGACAACAAAGGUUUGCACUCACCAGCCCAACCACCACACCAGUCCCGUGCAGCCAGCUAACGUGGCCCAGAGGGUGUAUCUGGCCAAGGAGAGCUCCCCAUUCGCUGCCUCGUCGUCGCCCUUCAACAACCCCGCCGGCCCACGCCUGUUCUGGAGGGAGCAGACCACAUCGCCCAAGUCGCGCUUCGAGUCUGAUAAUGAGAACGAGGGCGUCGACCCACCCUCGCUGCUGUCCCCCAAGCGCAACUCGAUCGAGAACCUGAAGAAGCAGUCACGUGUCAAGAACAGCAGCAUGUUCGCCCGUGAGCAGCAGAACGAGUAUGACCCCUCUUCCAUUCUCUCGCUUGACCGACCACUGGCUGCUGGACGGCCCUUGAAUGCCGCCAUACAGGGCAACGCCUACGCAGGCAACGGCCUGGCUGGACUACGCCAACAAAACGCUUCGCCCGUCGGCCACCGUCGCGCAGACAGCUCCACCAAGAUUCCCAUCCUGAGCCCAUCCAAGACAUCCCCAGCAAAGCUCCCCACACAGUCGUCGUUUGCAUCAUCACCAACACGAGACUCCGAGGGCCGCGCCUCUCCCACAAAAUCCUCGCUCGUCAGCAACGGUCGCUUCAACUCCCCACAGUUCAACCCGGAUUCCAGCGUCUACUCCGAUGACGAAGACUCCCAGCACAAGGCUGCCCGCCCUCCACUGCGCCGACACGCCAAAAGUGUGACGUUCGACACGGCGCCGCCCCAAAUCACAGAGUUCGAGAUGGUCACACCCGACCCUUCUGCAGCGUCUGGUUCGCGUGAGGGGAGCUACGAGUCGGAUGAGGAUGAGGAGAUGAGCUUCGACCAGGACGACAGCUUCGACGCUUCGCUGGAGGAUACUGAGAAGACACCCGUUGUGCUUCCUGAGGACUGGCGUCACAUGAGCCCAGAUGCAGCAAAUACGUCGCUCACCGACACAUACGACGAUGUCUUUGAUGGUCGCGACGAGAGCCCGAUGCCAAAUGCUGGUCCCAACGGGCCAAUAAACGGUGCACGCCACGGCUCCGUCGCGUCGGAGGGCGAGUCCCGGCCACUUCCACCUCUUCCUGGCAUGCUGGCCCUGGAUGAUCGUCGACGACGUGAUUCUAGCACCGGUCUGUCAGCUGCUGCAGAACGUGCAAGCGACGCGCGGAGAUCGCUGCCCCUGCCUCCUCAGGCUGCUGGCAUCUCAAAGUCCGAUCUGCUCAACAUGCGCGACACAUCUAUGUCGCUCGAGGACAGACUGCGAUUACUAAAUUUCGAUGGCAACCGCAACACAGAAACACCGACUCAGGAAACUCAUGACCAGAAACCCGAAGAGGAGGUGGGUGUUCAAGUCCAUGUCGACGAAAUCGAAGACGUAACCGAGUCGGAGCUAGCGGACGAAGAUCAGCCCCACGUCCCGCGCAUCUCCCGCGAGUCUAUCCUGCGAAGGGUUAAGAGCCGCACAUUCGAAGAUGACGAAGGAGAUAGCUAUGGCUACGAUGUUGAGUUCAGUCCUGAACGUAGCUACGGCGACUUGGCUGAUCUGGAUCCUGAUGUUCCCAUCCCAUCGCGCGAAUGUUCAUCCAACUUCGAUGAGCUUGCUCCUCCCCAGUUCGCUGCCGCCGAUGACGAGGACGGAAGUGUCAUCCGCACAUACCCUGAUGCUAAAGCCGAGGAAGUUGAAGAUGAGUCCGAGGUCUCAGAACUCGAACCUCCUGAGAUGAACGACUACGAGCGUGAAUCAUCUGUCAUCCGGCAUCCCGUCCCAGACGAGCCAGAAGAGGAUGACGACGCCAGCAUGUACUCCACCCAACCUGAGGAGCACCCAACCGAGAACGGCACUGUUGACACUUCGGGGCCGUCAACGCCUACAGCUGUCAACUGUUCUCCGUCUGCGCCUGUCGAGGAAGUGCAACAAGGCGAGUUCUUUGCUGCUUUUGAGGACAAGGAAGUGAACCUUGAUCUUGAUCCCCAGAAAGAAUCUUUCACACCCAUAUUGAGCCCUCUCGAUACCGCUCCCAAGAUGGAGGCAAUGCACGAUUUCCUGAGGCGUCCUGUUACACCAGAAGGUAACGAUGAAGAUAUUGACGAGGAGGAUGAUAAUGACACAGAGGCGCCCAGCACACCAGACUCUGUCAUCCGACACAACGUCGUCGUCUCACCGCCAGACUACGAGUCCUCCCCCGAGGUCCCUGAGCGUGAAGCUACCAUCCGAGGUGCUGGUGGUCGGCUGAAGACCCGUCCGUCGCUGAUCCCAGACGAGAUUGACAUGGCAGCCACACGCCGACAAGUUAGCGGAACUUACCCUCCACCUGUCCCUGCGCGCAGUCCUAACCGUCAAUCUCUUUCCCUUGAGGUUAGCCAUGUUGAAGACGACGACGACUCUGAAAUCAGCCUCGCAACCCACGAGAAGCGCAUGCUCGAUCUGAACCUUGGCGAAGAUUCCAAUGACCUUAGUUUCGGACUUGACAAGGAGUUCGAUAACAUUAUCGAGGCUCAGAAGGUACACAACCUUUUUCCUUUACCCCCCUUCGCCCGUUUCCCCACCCCCACAACUGCACAGCACGAUGCUGCUGCGAGUUAUGUGUCAGGUGAAGACUAUCUGCAUACGAACAGUCCCACUAACAACCAUGUCAACGAACAGAAGGGCUACCUGAUGCGUCAAAACACCAAAGUCGUCGUUGCCAGCAGCCGCCAAUUCAGUGAUGAGAAGCCUUCCGCGGACGCGAAGCCUGCCACAGAAAAGGUCAACAAGCCUACCUCCCGCAAGUCGAGCGCUGAGCGCAAGCCUGCGUGGACGACCGAGCCUUGGAACGGCAAGUCUCGUCGCAAGAGUCUGCGAACAGCAUCUGGAAGUCGGCGUGCCCCACCUACUGAAACAGUUCCUCCUCUUCCGGGCCAGGAGUCUGCUGUGACUAGUGGACUUGCGGCUGUUGCUGAACAAGGUGAUGAAGAGCUCGAGGAGGGUGAGGAGCGUGGGAGAGUGUUUGUCAAGGUUGUCGGUGUGAAGGAUCUCGAUUUGCCUUUGCCGAAGAACGAGCGUACGCCCUUCCAACUGACUCUCGACAACGGACUGCACUGCGUGACAACGUCCUGGCUGGAGCUAGGUCACUCCGCUGCCAUUGGCCAGGAGUUUGAGCUCGUUGUCCUCGACGACCUUGAAUUCCAGCUUACACUCCAGACCAAGCUCGAGCCUCCGGUUCAACGGCAGAUCACCGCUGCUGUCAUCAACCCUGUUGUCAACCACAAGAAGUCUCACUCGACCUUCCGCAAUCUUCUGUCUUCCCCCAAGAAGCGAAAGGAGCAAGAGCGACGAGCACAGGAAGAAGCCGACCGUGCCGCACUUCAACAGCAGCAAGAAGCCCAGGCGGCUGCCAAGCGCAACCACCAGGCCACUGCUUGGGACCUUCUGCAUGACCUCGUUGGUCCGGACGGCUCGUUUGCGCGUGCUUACGUUUGCCUCAACAACCACGAGAACCAAGCUUACGGCCGUCCCUACACAGUUGACAUUCCUUGCUUCAACGAGUGGGCUGUUGACGACUCAGGUGCGAGCAGUGUCAAGAGCAAGCGUGGUGGGGUUGUUCGACGCCCACCCUACCGCAUCGGCAAACUCACUCUCCAGCUGCUGUACGUUCCAAAGCCAAAGAACGCGAGUGACGAUGAUAUGCCCAAGAGCAUGAACGCUUGCAUCCGUGAGCUUCGAGAGGCAGAGGAAGUCAAGGACAAAACUUGGGAGGGUCACCUCAGUCAACAGGGUGGUGACUGCCCAUUCUGGCGUCGUCGCUAUUUCCGACUGAAUGGCACAAAACUCACAGCCUUUCACGAGACUACUCGCCAGCCGCGUGCGACGAUCAACUUGGCCAAGGCUACCAAGCUUUUCGAUGACAAGAGCGCCCUCAAGCAACCAUCAUCGACCAAGACUGGCGGCCGACGCAAGUCUGCAUUCGCUGAGGACGAGGAGGGCUACAUGUUCGUCGAGGAGGGCUUCCGUAUUCGCUUUGCCAAUGGCGAAGUCAUCGACUUCUACGCCGACAACUGCGAGCAGAAAGAAGGCUGGAUGAAGGUCCUCUCCGAGACUGUCGGCAAGGACAUCGCUUCCGGGAAAGCCUGGACCAACAUGGUCCUCGACAAGGAGCGCCGAGAGAAGGCUGCGCGUUCGCAAGCUGCUUCAACCCCGUCAUCAAUACCUCUCCCGGGACAGGCGAUCCCUUUCAAACCACACCACCAACGCACACAGUCACACGAUGUUGUAGGAACCGGCAGACCAGGCUCGACAAGCCCCGUGAAGACCCAGAUGCGCCCUCAGUCGUCGUACGGGCCGGUACCGCCAGCCAAGGACCCGCGACACGCUCCCGCACCGAAGCAGCGGGAUGGUGCUGGGCAUUCACAGUCGGGACGCAGGGAGCAGGUUCGAUCUAUGAUCUUCUAA